AUGAAAUUUGCUAAUGGCGAUGAGGGGGCGAACAGCACCUUUCUCACAGACCAGAAUGUCCCCGGCGCGGAUCUGAAGGGGAAAUGGAUCGUCAUCACCGGAGCCAAUAAUGGUGUAAGGUUAGAAGCGGCCAAGUCUUUCGCAGCCUGGGGGGCAAACCUGACCCUCGCCUGUCGCGAGCCGUCUGCGUGGGAGCUGCAUCCCAGCGUGGCCAUGGAAGAGUGCAAAGGCUUCGCCGAAGCACGGCCAUUCGACGAUCAUCGAAUGGUGGAGUCCUCGAUUGGGGAACACUUCCAUGAGGGCCCAGAGAGGAGGGGUAAUGAGUAUCAAACCAAUAAGCUGUACUGGCAGAUGUGGGUUGCAGAGCUACAGUCUCGAUUCCGCAAGCAUCCGGAGUACCUCCACAUCAUCAUCAAUGAGGUCUACCAGAACCCACGAAGCAGAAGGUCGGUGCAUCAAACGGUCGGGGUGGAGGAAAAUAUAUCAGUCGCAUAA